AGCUGGCGAAUGGCUUGGAAUGAGAAAGGCCUGGUGGCAAGGUUGCGCUUUGACAAGAAGAAGUUAAAAUGGCGACAGCUCAGGUAUCUACUGAUGAUCCAUCAAAACGAAAUGUUAAAGUUUUCAUCCAGAGGGACUACUCGCGCGGAACUGCUUGUCGCUUUCAAAACAAGUUUCCACCUGAAUUAGAAGGAAAGCUUGAAAGGAGUCAGUUUGAGCAAACAGUCAACCACAUCAAUGAAAUAUUUGAUGAAGCUGAGGAAGUUGGUCCCAGAACCUACCUAGAAGGGUGUUUGGGUUGUGUUACCGCUUAUCUUAUAUUCAUGUGUAUACAGACUCAAUACAAUAAGUGUUUAAAGAGACUUGCAGAAUACAUAAAUGAACAGAACCAAAGUGUUUUUGUUCCAAGGGGACUAAUGAUCACCAACCCCAUGGACAGGGGACUUCGAGUUAUUGAAAUUGUGGUUGUCAGCUCAUCAGAUCAGAGGUGACCUGUUGAACAAUGUGUGAUAUCCUGCAAAUAUGAAUCUUGUACAGCUCAACAUCCUUGUGGUGUUAUAAAUUGCACUCUCUUGAAGGCUGAGAUACAGUCAAGAACCUGAAUCACUUCUGUUACUAUAUUUUAGUGCAUAGUUGCUAAAAAAAUGUUUACAAACUUUGCUUGCAUUUGCAUGCACAAGCAAUAAUGUAUCUAGCUUUUUGUACAUUUAAAUAACAUAUGAUCAAAUCAUGAUUUUCAAGAAUUUGAUGUGUUAAUUAAAUGAAUGCACUUUCAAUUAGGUGCAUGCACAGAAAAUUACAAGUUACAUUUAACUUUUCUGUGAGGAAUUUAUUUAGAGAUUGUUAUUGUGCAUAUUGGUAAAUGAUAGGAAACUGAGUAGAGGUGGAGUGUAAGAUAAGAGAUCUCUGCUGUAAAUGUACUUAUGAUUUUACAUCUUGUGGUAUCAUUGUAAUGUUUGUAUCUGGUUUACGGUACCCAAUGAUUGCAUGCCAUGUGCAUAGGGUAUAGUUAGUCACUGUAAUAAAUACACUAGGGUGCACUCUAUCUAAACAACAAUCAUUUCCCAGUGUAAAUGCCUUGUACCCAAAACAGCAUUGCAUAAAAACUUCUCCAUUUGUUCAUAGAGAUGGGUUUAAUUGUACAUGAUUUACCUUUUGUAAAGACACAAACCACAACUGAGAGAGGACAGAACUGCCCUGAUUAUCAUUGCUCGCAAGUGUAAACAUACCAACCAGUGUAACAAGUAUUCUUAUCCUUUUCCUUGCUUAGAUGAUAUUCAAUGUAAUAAAUCUGUUUUUUAAGAAAUCAGAGGCUCUGAAAUCAGUCAUGCUAUAUGUUAAAAGUAAACUAGCAGAGAAAUUCCGAAGGAGGGUUAUCUACUAGUUAUUGCCAAAAGAACAAUUCAUGCUAAGUGACCUUUAAGGAAGUGAAAACAGUCAAACAGGAGUGUGUAACUAUAUGUGGGCAAUACAUGAAUGCGAAGAAUUACAGCAAUUUUUUCUGGUACACUUGCUUGUUUUUGCUUGAUUAAGGUAGAUCUGUACAUGUAUUUAUUUUAUUGCAAACAAUUCAGAAAGGUGUAUUCGAUGCUGCACUUAAUUCAUUGUUGAAAUAAACAAGAACUUUAUUAAU